AUGGUAGAGCAACAAAUCCAGCCAAGUACCAUCAUAAUUGGAGAUUUCAAUAGUCCAUCCACGAGAUGGGGCUACUCUAGAACCACCAACGUUGGGAAACACCUCGAGGACUUUCUGGAUAUCAACUAUCUCGAUGUAUUGAAUGCCCCACCUACGUUCUUAUCGUUUAGAGGAAGUCAAUCAAGGCCGGAUCUUGUCGUAACGCACCCACACACUACAGGCAAGACCAGUGUAACCCUCCUGGAUGACGCAGCAAGCUGUGGUCACCGCGCUCUGCUAGUGACAUGCAAACUGGAAAAGGACAAAAAAACCCAAAAUCGCGCUCCGCGCUGGAAUUUUAAAAAGACGGAUUGUAAAAAGUACAGGGAAUGCACAAAUGAAGUCCUGACUUAA